AUGGAUAAUAUCUUGCUAGCUCAAGAGCUAGUGAUGGAGUUGGAUAGGAAACUGGCCCACCCGAAUUUGGUGCUCAAACUCGAUAUGGAGAAAGUGUAUGACAGAGUGGAAUGGCCUUUCCUUCUUUUUAUGCUUAGGAGUUUUGGAUUUUCAGAGGUCACUGUAGAUCUUCUCUUCAGGACUCUAUCCAACUCAUGGUUUUUGAUUUUGGUCAAUGGCCAACCCACUGGCUUUUUCAAGUCUAGUAGAGGGCUUGGACUUAACCAUAAGGACAGAUGUUUUGUGUCUGCUGGUACCACGGUGCUCUACCUGGCUUUUGCUGAUGACACAAUCAUCUUCACUCGGUGCUCGGAGCCAUCCCUGAUAGCACUGCAUGAGUUUCUCCUUCAAUAUCAAAAACAUUCCGGGCAGAAGGUAAAUGCGGGGAAGAGCACUCUUCUUACGCCCGCCCGCAUGUCGGAGGAUCGCAUUAGGUUGGUGGAGACUACCUUGGGCUUUCAUAGACAAUCUUUUCCAGUAAAAUAUCUAGGGGUUCCCCUGGUCCGUGGAAGAAUGGGCACCAUAGUCUUCGAUCCCCUACUGGAUAAGCUACGGGCACGCCUAUUCCAUUGGAGUUCUAAACUUCUGAGUACGGGGGGUAAGAUCGUCCUCAUUCGGCACGUGCUCGGCUCGAUUCCUCUGUAUCUGCUUCAGGCAAUUUGCCCUCCCAAAACCGUGGUGGCGGCCCUAGGCAGGAUCUGCAACUCCUUUCUCUGGGAUUCAAGUGUUGAUUCAAAGAGGAUGCAUUGGGCGACGUGGAAGAAGCUAUGCUUUCCGGUUCAAGAAGGGGGUCUGGGGUUUUGCUCCUUUUUUGAUUCGGCAAAGGCCUUCGCCUGCAAGUCGUGGUAG